AUGCCUGGAAGAUACGAGCAUUCAAUAUUUAAAUAUUGGCUUUUUCGCGACCUUUGUGUUUGUGUAUCCAAAGCCGAAGAUGUAAAAGAAGUAAUGAGUAACUCAAAUUGUUUCAAAAAACCAAUGAUUUACUCUGUACUUAGAGAUACUUUUUCAAUGGACGGACUACUUACAACCAACAAUAUACAUAAUUAUAAAAAUGGAAGGAAAAUCAUAUCUUUAUGGCUAAAAUAUUCAAAUUUAAAAUCAUUGAUACCUAUUUUUUACGAGGAAUUCAAAGUUCUAGAACACAUAUUGUCUAAAAAAGUCGAAAACAAGUCAUACGAAUGUGACAUAAGCCGAGCUAUCGAACUAGCAUCGAUGGACACAAUUGGAAGAACAGCGUUUGGAGAAAAAUUUGAUUCACAAAAAAAAGAAAAUCAUGUAUUCCGACAUAACUAUGAACGUCUGGCAGAGAUUUUCAUAUACAGAAUUGAGCGCCCGUGGUGUUAUGUUUCAAGUUUUUUUUCACUAUCACCGCGAAAACGUGAACAAAGAAAGAGUCAACAUCUAAUACAUACAUUUUUAAAUGAUUUAAUUCGAAAAAAUCAAGCUGAAGGUAAUGAAGUAGCAAAUACUGCGAUAGACGGGAGUGAUGACGAGAACAGUAUUUGUCAACAAAAACCAAAACCCCUAAUUAAAAAUCUACUAGAAAAUGGACACGGAAUGUCUUAUAAAAUGCUAAGGGGCCAUUUAACUACGAUUACAGUUGCCGGACACGACACGACCGCGAUAACAAAUACAAUCGUCAUAUUCAUGCUGGCUCAUCAUCAAGAUGUUCAAGAAAAUGUCUUUCGGGAAAUUAGUUCUAUAUUUUCGGUUGACGAUUCCGACCGGCCGCCAACAUACGAGGAUUUACAAAAAAUGGAGUACUUGGAACGCGUGAUCAAAGAAACCAUGCGGUUUUAUCCAGCCGUGCCCAUAAUGGGCAGAAAAAUCGAAAACGAAAUGAAGAUCGGAAAAUACGUAGUCCCGGCAGGCACAAACGUUAUGGUUCCCAUUUAUUGUUUGCAUCUAAAUCCGCAACACUAUAAAGAUCCAAAAGUGUUCAAUCCAGACAACUUCUUGCCUGACGUGUGUCGCAGUCGUCAUCCAUUCGCGUACAUUCCAUUCAGCGUGGGCUCAAGAAGCUGUGUUGGAAACAAAUACGCCAUGCUUCAAAUGAAAAUAGCGAUUUCCACGCUGGUCCGGGCCUAUCGUUUUUCUCCAUCUGCAAAAUGUCCCACGCCCAAAGAUCUCAGACUAUCGUACAACAUGGUGCUGAAAUUUGUCGAUGGAUGUUACGUUACAAUAGAUCCAAGAACAUAGUCUGUUACGUUCUAAUAUUA